AAGCAUACGGUCGCGUGCGCCUGACAGUGUCCAACACACAUAUCAAAGAUUUCUAGGUUUGUUUUUUGUUUACUAAAUUUGAAAAUGGACCAGAAGGACACGGAAAUGAAUGAAAAAGGAGUCUCGUCUUCUACCAGCGAAGUUGUUGUUCAAGUCAGGGAGAAGAAAGGACCUUUACGCGCUGCCAUCCCCUAUAUGCCUUUCCCAGUAGCCGUCAUCUGCCUGUUUCUCAACACAUUUGUGCCGGGGCUGGGCACGUUCAUCUCAGCCUUCACGGUUUUGUGCGGAGCGAGGACGGACCUGCCCGACCGACACAUGUGCUGCGUGUUCUGGCUGAACAUUGCAGCUGCCUUCAUUCAGAUCCUCACUGCCAUCGUCAUGGUGGGCUGGAUCAUGAGCAUAUUUUGGGGAAUGGACAUGGUCAUUCUUGCAAUCUCUGAAGGCUACAGGGAGCAGGCUGCACCCCAGCAGCUCUGA